CCACAAACUCUUCGUUGAUUCAUCUCCUUCUUUUCUUCUCCCGUUUUCGCUUGACAUCUUUUUCCUUUUGUGAAUUCAGGUUCUUGAUGAGGACUGCUCCUGAUCUUCAAGAGAGUCUAUAGAAGUCUCCGAGGGAAAUGGAAGUUGAUUGGUCUAAGCUGCCCGAACAACUCCUAGAUGAGAUUUCCAACCGGCUAACCAACCUCACCGAUCAUGUUCGGUUCCGUGCUGUCUGCAGAGGCUGGGCAAAUACAAGUCCUCCAUCGAGGGUUCCUCGUCAAGUGCCGUGGGCGCUCCUUCCUUACAUUCGUGACACAGAUACUCGUACUUUUCUAAGCACUUCAGAGAGCAAAUUCUACCGGUUCAGGUCACCCGAGUUUCUCGGCAAACGAUGUUGUGGCUCGUCUCAUGGUUGGUUGGCUUUAGUGGAUGGAACUCCUGAUAUUUCACUCUACAACCCACUCAGUGAUGAGAAAAUUCUCCUCCCGAAGCUGACGACAUUGCCUGAGGUUCUAAAUUUCCGGGAAGACCAUGAGGAUUAUCUCUACCGAUAUUAUAAGGGGUCACAACACACCGUAGACAAGGAGUUCAUGAGGGAUUUCUUUGUUUACACUGUCCUCCUGUCAGAAAGUCCUGCUCUAGGUUGUCAUCGGGAUUGUUGGGCAGUGUUGUGCUACGAUAUAAGAGGGAGGAGAUUAGCAUUUUGUAGAUUGGGGGAUGAAUCAUGGAAUGUCAUAGAAAACGAACCAUUUAAGUACAUAGACUUAACCUUCCACAAGGAGAAACUAUAUGCAAUAGAUUCUAAUAGAAGAAUUAUAAUUUGUGACCUCAACUUUCCUCAAGAAAUUACUGACAUUUGGCUACGAGAAGAACCGUCUUUAAAAGGGUGUCUUAACUUGACUGAGAUACAUGGUGCUUUAGUAUUUGCUAUCUCUCUUGUGGAAGAUAUGGUUGAUUCAGAUGAGUCUGAGGACGAUGAACUCUGUGAAGCACUGCUCCGUGGGGAUUAUGAUGAGUUAUACGGCAGUGAAGACUCCGAUAAAGGCUUUCCUCGCAUUGAAUAUGACCACAGAGUACAAAAUUUUCUUGUCUUUGAGCUCGACGAGGAUGCAAAAAGAUUGGUGAAGGUUAACAAUUUGCAUGGUCAUGCACUAUUCUUGAGCUUCAAUUGCUCCAUGUCCUUGUUAGCCUCUAAAGUUCCAAAAUGCAGAGACAACUGCAUCUAUUUUUUUGAGAAUUUCGAGGUGAAAAAUGGGGUCUACACAAAAAGAGGCUAUGAAUUAUGCUGUGCCAAAUUGAAUGCGGGAGGUAUUCGACAAGAGGUUUCACUUUUAUUGCAAAAUCACGAUCGGCGUUACCUCCCAUUGCAGGAUGCUUGGUACACUCCGUCAUGUACAUCAAACUGGAUGCCCCAUAAAAUCCAUGAGUCGGUGGUCGGAGAGUCAGUGAUUUGGAUUCCAAAUGCAAAGGGCAGCUUCUCCAUCAAAUCGAAUCCUCCAGUAGAUAUACACCAAAGAUUUUCCUUCCUGGGCCCGAUCGAACCCCGGAAAUGGAAGGCUGUUUUGGAUGCAAACUUGCCUGAGUGGCUACAAUUGACACUGUGGAGGGUGGCUUGUGGAGUUCUACCAUCGAAUUUUGUCAGUAAUCGACAUUCCAGCAUUCCAGAGUUAUUCUGUCCGCUCUGCCAUCAAGUGGAAGAGUCCUUGGAGCAUCUCUCUCUCUUGUGUGAGUUCACCCAAGUGGCUUGGCGGAACUCUUCCUGGCCACUCUGCACUAUAGCCUUGAAAGACAUUAAAAUAUCGGACUUGGUUGAUGUGAUUGCUGAGUCAGGACCCAUGCUAGGGCUCUAUGGCAUAGAGGCCAAGAAAUUCAUUCUCUUCGUAGGGAUGUUCAUCGAUCAGAUUUGGGUGCUUAGGAACAGAGCAGCUAGUACCGGGUCCAUCCCUGAUCCAUUGAACUUCACUUCCAUGCUCAAGAGAAUCUAUGAAGAGCACUUGCAACAUUGGUUUUUCAAGAGGGCUAAUUGUCUUCCUGGAGCUAAAUGGAUCCCUCCACCUACCGGUGAAGUCAAGGUCAAUUUUGAUGUGGCCAUGGGUUUCGAUUUUGUCACUCUAGCCUUGACUUGCAGGGACAAUAAGGGGAGGUUCCUCGUAGCCUGGGCUGAACGAAUCCACAGUUGUGAUCCUUUUGUGGCAAAAGCUAAGGCUGCUCUGAUGGCUGUGUCUAUAGCUAUCCAGUCGGGUUUUACUAACCUCGUUGUGGAAGGUGAUGUUCCGGGCAUUAUCCUACCUCUGCAACGAUGGAAAUUCCAACCUGUGUCAGCAAUCUCGGGCUUCAUUGGCGAUAUUAGGAUUCUACUUGCAUCAACAGAGUCUUGGUGUGUCAAAAGCACAGGGUUAAAGGGGAACAUUGCAGCACAUAAUCUUGCUUGUUGGGCCGCUUUCUAUGGUAAGACUGGUUCCAUACCCGUUCCUUGCCUCCCUCCUUGCGUUGUCUAUGCUGAGGAGCGUAAACUUGAAGGCACAAGAAACUUGGGGAGGAAGAGCCGUAGAGAUAGUAUGUACAAGUUUCCUGUCUGAUUUUGCUUGUAGUUGCGCCAUCUAGUGGCACUGAUCAGUGCCAGCACAGCUCAUUAGAUGAGCACUGAGCAGCACAAUGAAUAUCUUAGCAGGUUCACGUUCAUCUUAGAUUCGAUGAGUUACAUUUUUCAUGACUUUGUGCAAAAGCCGGAGUCAUCGAUAUAAGGGUUAUAUCGGUACCCUUCGGUGACUGGUGAUUCAUGUUGAUCUCAGAUUCGAUGAGUUACAUUUUUCAUGAGUUUUUUUGUAUUCACAUAAUGAAGAAAGUGUGUAUAUAUGCAUAAUGAGGCCGUGAGGCAAAAAGCAAAGGAUCAGGGAAAGAAAUUUUAA